AUGACCACGCAGGAGGCUGCUAAUGCCACUCCGGCCCCCAGUAAAGGCCGAUCGAAGCACCCAAGCCUUCUCGCGUGCAUUCCAUGCAGAAAAAGCCAUCUCAAAUGCGAUGGCCAGAAGCCGCUAUGCAGCAGGUGCUCCGAGAAAAACGGGGACUGUGUCUGGGUUAAUUCCCGAAGAGGAUACCGGGAAUAUCGCAAAAACCAAUCAACUGAUGACGAAAAGACUGACCAGAGGCCGAAAAAUGAUACCAUGUUCGACGAAUCCAAGCCUGUUGUUGUGAAUCAGGAGGCCUAUCAUGUCUUUAACGAGGCUGAUACUACCAAGCUGAGGGCCAUGACCUACGCCGAACUCUUUCAGCCCACCAUGGAUCCAGCCUUCCCAGCUCUUCCUCUCGACUUACAGACCGCACAGCCCGUCAAGGACCAUCUGCCAAGUCCCAGCAACUCUGAUUCAACCAUGUCUAUCACUCGAGAGAUACUGCCUGCCGCUGCUACAUCCGACAGGGCGUUAGUAGAGAGCACCGACUUGAUUGAUCUGUUUUACCGGCACUUCUAUCCUUCUCAUCCCUUCAUCGUGCCGCGACAGCUCUAUCUCCAGAAUCCUGCCAUUCUGCCUCCACCUCUCAAGGCUUGCAUGCGGUGGCUUGCAAGCCAUUACAUUCCCUCAGCCAACCACGCGGCUCUGGAGAAUGCAGCAAAAGUCAUCUUCUCGCCGGACGUGCCUGACGAUGGCUUCAAGGUGCAAGGUCUCCUCCUCUUCGCAAUGACCUGCUUCGCAAGGUUUGGUCAAGGAGAAGGAUCCAUGGCACUGGACAAAGCCAUCGAGAUCGCUCUCCGGAUUGGUCUCAAUCGGCAGAGCUUUGCUCUGCAGCAGUCGCCCAACGAUUCAACAAUGCAAGAAUCAUGGCGCAGAACAUGGUGGACACUCCUGUUGAUCGAGGGCCUGGUCGUGGUCAUUGGGGGUCAAUCAUCGCCAUUCCGACUGUACUCGACCUACACGGACGUGGCUUUGCCAGGCCACGAUGAAGACUACAACGAACUCCGGUCGCCCCCGAUAACUCGCACGAUUGCAGACCUCCGAAAUAGGACCUUCUCUGAAGACACUUUCGAAUACUCGUCCUUUGCCUAUUGCAUCGAGGCGGCGUAUAUCCUCGGCUCUGUGCUUGCCUUGAGCCCAGACACAUUUGCGGUGACAGAUCCUCAAGUGGAAGGUAUUGAUGCCGCCAUUUCGAAUCUCUUACUAUCCCUUCCCAUGGACAAGCGAGAAGUGGUCCGUAAUGAUGGUACUAUCGACGAAUGCCUUCUUAUCGCCCAUCUGGUCAUCCAUUGGGCCGCUAUCUGCCUGCACCGUCCACGAUCUACCUUGACUUUCAUCCGAAAUCACUAUCGCACGACAUGUACAAAAGCAGAGGCUGCUGGUCUCCCUGCGCUAGCUUACACCUCCCACACUGCCAAAGCAUUGCGAGCAGCGAACGCCAUCACCAACCUAGCAUCCAUGCAAACAGAUGUCAAGAUGUGCUCGCCAGUGCUGAUGUGCGGCUUGACCACUGCUGCAACAGUGCACUUGCCGGCAUACGCCAUCGUGGAUACCCCCGAUCAAGCUGUGGCAAUCAAGGAACGGCUACAACUUAGCAUUUCGGCCCUUGGGUCAUUCGGUGAGGUUUGGCCACGGGCUACCAUCGCCAAGGGACAAGUGGCCAAAUUCGCUCGCGAGGUCUUGACAAAGCCGAACGUCUAUGUCGAUAGCACAGUUCCUGGGAUGAUACCACGUGUCUCGGAACCUGUGCCUCUGCUGGAGUACCAGAUGCCCUUCAACAAUGAGUCGUGGAUGGACAAUCUGAUCCAAGCAGAACAGGACGUAGAGGCCCCGUCAUGCCCUGUCUUUGACACCUUCGCCAUGGCGCAGACUCAGGGUUCCUGA